AUGGCAAUUAAACAGAAGGUUCUGCUUCUUGGAGGUACUGGCGAGACUGGUAACUCUAUUCUGAAAGGGCUGCAAGAAUCUGGCACCUUCGAUGUUGAAAUUCUGGUUCGACCUGCUUCCGUCAAAAAGCCAUCGGUCCAAAAGAUAAAAGAACAGGGCAUUAAGAUUUGGUCCGUCGAUCUCGAUGAAUCUACCGAGCUCGCAUCUGCGCUGAGCGGCGUCGAUAUUCUUAUCAGUGCUAUUGGCCCUCAUGAUCUCCUACAGCAAAAGAAGCUACUCCAGUCUGCGAAGCAAGCAGGUGUCAAAAGAAUUAUUCCGUGCGCUUUCAUUACGGUCGCACCGCCAACCGGUGCUAUGCUACUUCGUGAUGAGAAGGAAGAAAUAUACAACGCUAUCAAAUACAUUGGUAUUCCUUAUACCAUUAUAGAUGUUGGGUAUUGGUACCAAAUCUCAUUCCCGACCGUGCCCUCUGGUAAAGUGGAUUAUGCAUCCUUGAUACCAAAAAAUGUCAUCCACGGCGACGGUACGGCUCCAAAUAUCCUCACUGACCUACGUGAUGUCGGAAAAUUUGUUGCCCGUAUACUGUGUGAUGAUAGGACUAUUAAUAAAUAUGUCUACACAUCUGGGGACGUCCUAAGCGAGAACGAAAUAUACCGCAUCGUGGAAGAGCUCACUGGGGAGAAAUUAGAGUUGACCUAUAUGACGAGCGAAGACAUAGAAGCGAAAGUCAUACAUGCCAAAUCCGCUCUCUCCCAAGAUCCUCAAGAUCCCAUGAAGCGUAUUUCUCUUUAUAAAGCCGACUAUCAAUAUAGCAAAUACGUGCGUCAGGACAAUCGGCCUGAAUACGCCGAUUAUCUGGGUUAUCUGAACGCUAGAGAACUCUACCCGGAGUUUAAACCAAAAACCUUCCGUGAGUUCUUCGCGGAGGUACUGGCGGGAAAAGCGAGAAGGUUGUAUGCUAGUUGA